AAUAACAGCAUGAAUCGUCGACUGGCCGCCGCGGCUGCAUGCCUACCGCCGCCGCCGUACCACUGACUGACCUCCCAUAAGCAAAGCUAUAAGUUCGCUAGCAACGAGAGACGCUUUUCCUACUUGGACGUUGUUGCUGAUGUUGAUAUUUUAGUGUCGCUUCAAAUGUCGAGCUCAAAUUCUGAGAUUUACAAGUGGAAGAGAUGGUCAAGAACACCUUCUUCUCUUUCUAAAGUCCCAACUCCAGAAAAUGAUAUUCAACACUGGAUAAAGAAAGUUGAAGCAGCUUCCGAUCAAGCUACUGCUAUCACAUUUGGGAGAAGUCCGUCUCAAAAGUAUCCAAUCAGAGAUGGUUAUAAUGAUGCCAUGGAAACUAUAGCUGCUUUACAGGAUAAUAAUGAGGCACAGAAUGAAGCACAAGAUCUCUUAAAUCAGUGGAUGGUGGAACAGUUGAAGAUAGACGACUCAGAUUUAAGAUUUGAUGAUGAAGAUGAUGAUUUGUUAAUGAGAAGAAAUGAUGAUGUAAGAAACGCUGAGAAAAGUGACUUAGAGACAAUACUGGAUAUUGAUUUCGGAGAAUCUAACUUUCUGGAUCCAUAUAACGGGAUAAAGUCUGAAGAUGUCUAUAAUGAAAUUGACAGCAGAAAUGACAGUGAAACUGUUCAAGGGAUUCUAGAGGGUAUGCUGAAUCAAGAAUUUGUUGACAAUUCUUUUAAGCAGAACCUUGGACUGCAAAAGAAACACAAAGAUCCAAAGAUGACGAUGGAAGCACGACAAAAUCAGGUCAAAGCCAAUCGCCUGAAAAGACAACAAGAGAGAGAAGAAAAGCUCAGGACAUUGAAAGCAAAGAAAGAUGCACAAUUCCAAGCAAAACAGAUGGUACUAAAAGAAGAAAAAGAAAAGGUGAUAAAAUCAAAGAAAGAAGAGAAGCUCAUACAACAGGAAAUGACUCGAAUUAGAAAACAAAUGUUGGAACAAAGACGUCUAGAAGAGGAGUCUAAACUAGAACAAAAACGAUUGGAAGAAGAGGCUAAAAUGAAAGAAAGGCAGAGAGAAGAUAGACAAGAAGCAGUAAGAGAAGAAGCUAUACAACAACUGAAAAAAGAAGAGGAGGAAAACAGAAGGAGAAUGGAAGAAGAAAAGAGAGAACUUUUAAGAAAUGUUCACAAUCUGAAAGUAGAAAAGAGGAAAGAAGAACUAAAGAUACUUAAACAACAUUUCUCAGCCUGGUACAAAUUGACACUGAAUAAUCGGUUGAAGAUAGGCAAGGCACGUGCGGUGGCAGACUGGAGGUGCAUGUUGCGCGCAUGGAAUGCUUGGAGGGCAUAUGUUCAUGCAGCCCGUGCAGAGCGAGAGAUGAAAGAAACUGAGCAUCACAUCAAAGAAAAUCACAGAAAGAGAAUCUCAGCAGAAAAGCACCGUCGGUGUCACCUUCUAAGGAAGCACUUUGUAGCAUGGCACAGCUGGACUCAAGCAGAACUGCAAUCAAGAGAAUUAUUUAAGGACAAAAACAUGACACGUAAUAAGAUGGCCUUGUUUUUAGAAGCUGCUGCCUCUGGCAAGCUAUGGAGCAAUAGAGAACAAGAGCAUGGUAUUCAAGAGGACACUAGACAUAAGGGAGUCUUUGGUAGCACUGACUCAAACAAUAAACACAUUGAAGAUAUAUUUGCUAAUGCAGGAAAGAAAAAUAUGACAUCAGUUGCUUCAACAGCCAGAUCGGAGAUUAGUGAAAUAAGGUCAAAUGCUUCUGGAGAUACCCGUAAGAAAAGAACUGUAGAGAAACCAAGACAUGCUUGGCAAGUGACCAGAAAACAUACCAAACUUACUAAAAAUGAAAUUGCUAGUUUACAGGAAGAUGAGGGUCUAUCAAAUUGCAAUAAUUCAAGUGGGAAAAAGGAUAUGAGUUUACCAAGAUCAAAACAAAAUAUCAGUUACACUGUUAACAACUUUGAACAUCGUUACGCUGCUCAGCAGAAAAUCCUCUUGGAACAGCAGAACCAGUUAAAGGAACAACACAGAAUGAUAGAGGAACUGCAGGCCAAGCAUAGACAGAAUGCACUACAACAAGAAUUACUGGAUGUUCAAGUAGUAUGCGAGAGAAAAUUGGAGCCAAAUACAAGUCAUGAGCCACCACUUGAUUUGCAGAUUCCAAUCACUGAAAGGUCACAGACAGCAUCGACUGCAAGAUCUGAGAGCACAGCAACCAUUGCAACAUCUGCAAGUAGCUCCAGUAGAUCAAAUGCACCACUACUCAAGGGGAUGGAGGAAAGGGCAAUGCAAAGAGCAAAACGAAAAGCAGAAAUUGACGAUCGACGAAGGAAAAGAGAAGAAGAACAAUCAGCCAAGCGAAGGGAAGAGGAAGACAGAAGGAAAGCUGAAGAAGAAGCAGAGAAACGGGCACGGAUUGAAAAAAGAAGAGAAGAAAAGAGGCUAGCACAACAGAAAGAACUUGAGAAACAGGCAAGGUUGAACCAAAUUGCUGAGAAUAAUACACUUGCAUCAGAACAUUAUCGGUUAACUCUCAUACGAAAUAAAGGAUUUAAGCCAUGGACCAGGCUUAUGCAAAUGAGUAAUAAGAAUCAUGAGAUAGCAGUGAAUCACCAUAGCGACCAGAUACUAAGGAAUUGUUUGAUGUCAUGGCAUCAUCAUACACAGACUGUCUUGCAAGAUAAGAGAGCGUGUGCCGACGAACUGUAUGGUAUUAUUCUUGAGAAACGAUACUUCAAUUCUUGGAAAAGGUAUGGCCAUUACCAAUCCAUACAACUGCAGAAGGCUAGACGACACUACAGACAGACACUAGUGAUGAAGUUUUUCAAUGCAUGGUCUGAUCACACGUUGCAAGAGAAGUUAGCGAUGAUAGAUAAGGAGACACUUGCCAGACAACACGAUCACAUUCGUGGUUUAAAGACAGUAUUCAAUGCUUGGAAGCGUUUUCCUAAACUUUUGAAGACGGAACGUGAACGGGAAAAACGAGUCCUUGAGAUGAGGAAGAAGGUUGCUUCAUUACUGCCAGAUUUUGGUUCCUAGCAGGAAAAGUAAAUCACCACUAAUUAUACCUAAGCCUUGAAAUUACCAAAUAAGCAAGAAAUGAAAUAUGUAUAAUUUUUUUAUCAGUAUACUUGUAUUGGAGAGGACUUUUUGCAAUACAUUAGUGUAGCAGUGGUUGUUCCAGAAAUUGUUCACAGGGGUUGAAACCAAGGGCCUUUAGUUUUCGGAGUAUUGUCACUGGGGGUCAAGGAGGAAUUUUAUGUUUUAGGAUGGUAAAAAUUGUGCUCUUAAACCACAAAUCUAAAACUGCAGUCACAAUAUUUCAGCUGCAGAAGUAGCUGCAAGAGAUGGCAGAAACUGGACACACUUCCUACGUCAGGCAGAUAGUACAGAUAAUGCAUGAUACUAACUGGUAUGUAGAGGCGAUAGACUGUAUGGUCUGUGCUUGAACGAUAUGGGAUUGUACAUAAACAUGCUUCAUGGAUAGACAUGUAGGCCCUUAUAAAUGGCAGAGUAAUGCAAUACUGGUAGUGGUAAAUAGUAAAAGUUGCUCUAAGCUUAUGGUAGAUCUUAAUUAUUAAAAUAGAAAGUAUCGUAUGUGAUCAAAUGUGAAGUAAUGCAAAGAAAAUAUAGAUUUUUGAACCAGCAGCUUUCACAGUACACUUCAGAUCCUCUGCUGAGUUAACCUGUUUUAGAAUGGUUGCUCCCAGUGCAGUAUAGAUGGAUUUCUUUGGUGUAAACACCAAGGAUAACCCACGCAAGUCUGAAGAAGUCUUAUUUGCAGUGAUGUCCUGGUGGUGAUUGGGCAAUACACAAGGAGACAAUCACCUACUCUUUUCUGAAGAGUGUACUGCUUUCUUUAACAUGCACAUGGGCCAUCCAAAAGACGGUUGUUCUUGGGUUGUUUAGGCAUGCAGACAAAACCACAUAUUUCAGUCACUCCUAAAGUGUUGUGGCAUCUGCUCAACUUGUUUGUUAGCAGUUUAUUGAGAUUUUCUAAACAAUAAGCAAAAUAUCACAACUGAAAAUUCAUAAUCUCAUUCAUUUAUUUUUCAAAAUGGAAGGCAAAUAUUUACUUCAUUGGCAAGCUACUAACAUUUUUAUAAGAUGAAUACAGAUUACAGUAAUCAGUUUUAAAUUCACAGAAAGCCGAACACUUGUUGCAUCGUGCAAUGGUCGUACGACGACUCCAACACGACUCCUUGUGGGCGCUAGAUGUCAGCUGCGUUGCGUGUGCACGUUCUGCAUAGAAUCGUGUCGGCUGAUGACAUCGGGCGCAGUGAGUCUCUGGCAUCUGUCAAAAUGACUUCGAUCGAAACGAUACACUUAAUCCAAAUAGAUAAGGAAAAAUUAUUGGUGUGCUGUGAUAUCAAUUCCCAUAAGGACUUAAUUUAUCUUGUGCAAUAUUGUUUAUCAUGAGAAACCUUUUAUGGUUAAAAUUUAAAUAAAAUAAAAAAUAACUAU